UGCACCCUGCUGCUGUCGUACUAUAUUAAACCUUGGCGCCCUGGUAGUUAACUCCUCAUUCACUCCCUUGUAAGCUGUAUUUACUGCAGGUGCUAUGGCUGGAAAUGGAGAAUCGGCGGCGACUGAAACCAAGAAAAUUAUCAACCCAAGAGUGGAAAUUGAUACAUCUCCGCCUUUUGAGUCGGUGAAGGAGGCUGUCGACCAUUUUGGGGGCAGUGGCCCUUGGAUUCCCCAUCACUUGCUCCGUUUACCACCUCCGGACGAUGGUUCUGAAAUUAUAGACGUGGGCAAAAUGGAGGAGCAAGCAGUAAAAUUUGAGAAAGACUUGAUUGUGAAGGAACAGGAGGCCCUCAAUGUGUUGAGAGAAGUGGAAGAAGCUAAAAGAUUUGUAGAAGGAUUGAAAGUAAAUUUGAUGCAAGAAGUGUCUCAGUUUGUGCCCAGUCCAGGUUUAAAUCCGGAGAGCCAAAUUCCAAAUCUUAAUGAGCUUUCAGCAGAAAACUUAAGUCUAUGUCCUCUUCAGUCCCCAGGACAUGUACUAAUGGAAUUAAACCGAGCAAAAUUAGACCUUAACAAGAUGUCGGUAGACCUUACGGUGAUUAGAUCUUCUGUUGAGACUCUGAAUAAGAAAAUGAAGAAAGAAAAGGUAAUUCUUGACCGAAGCAGUCAGAUGAAAUCCCUUAAUUCAGCAGCAGGAUUCUCCAUUGAGGAAAACAACACUAUGAACAAAGAGCUCCAGCAGUUGAGCUUUGAAGCAGAGCAAUUCAAGAAAAUGGCAGAAGCUUCAAGGUACGAGGUGAUGAAGGCGAUGUCAGAGAUUGAACGAACAAAGGCAAGUAUCAGAAUGGCUGAAAUGAGAUUACAUGCAGCCAAAAAGAUGGAAGAAGCAGCUAAAGCUGUGGAAGCAAUUGCUUUUGCAGAAAGAAAGGCUUUACUGAAUGGAAAGAAUUCUUCAGCUGUUGUUCAGCACACAACUGAGGGGAUCACAAUUCCAUAUGAAGAAUAUUAUGCUCUUGCUCGGAAAGCGCAGCAGGCUGAAGAGAUAUGCAAAACAAAAUUUGUAGACACAAACACAACACGCAGAACCAAUGAAGCAAACCAAUCUGAGGUGGCUAUUACAAAGAAGAUGGAGGAAACUACGAAAGAAAUUAGACACAACAGGAGUACUCUAGAAGAGGCUUUGGACAAUGAAGAUGGUACUCAAAGAAGUCGUCUUAUUGAACAAGAUGGUUUCUACAGGGAGAGAUCAGAACACACUCAAUUGCAUUACUCGGGGCAUAACUCGGCUAAAUCUAAGUUCAGAAAUCCUCAGUCAUCUCUCACUAGUCAUGGAAACCCUCGGCUGGUUGACCACAAUGAAGCAGAUGAUGUCAAUGACAAGUCAGUCCCAGUCUUUCGAUCAUCAAUAUCGAUUGGAGACAUACUGAGCAGGAAGCUGAUUUUGCGAGAUGAUCAUAUUGUAGUGGGUAAGCAUAUGGAAAGCCACACUGAAAGAAAACAUGUUUCGUUUAGCCAAAUGCUGAGGGAACAGAGUGGGAUCAUAUUGAAUCCUACAAAAGCUAUGAAAGAAGGGGAUGUACACAAGCAAUUCAUUACUCAUAAGAAGAAGUUUGGUUUCAUCCAAGUACCACUUCCUAAACAGAAUAAGAAAAAGACACAGCCUUUGAACAUGAGAUGAUCUGCCCUUCCUCCCACAUCAGUCUGAUACUUGUUUACUGGGAUUGCACAUGUUUGUUUUUUUUCUUUUGCAGUGUGUAUUAUGAUGUCAUAUCUAUUGUGUUUGUGAUUUGUGAUUACUGGGUGUUGCCCUUUUCUCUUCAUGAUUGAUGUAAAGCUCCUCUUGAAGCUAA